AACCCGCUUAACGACCACCCCGUUUUCGAGACCACCCCGCUAAUGAGAACGAUUUUUUAAGACCCAACUUUUUUAUUCUUUAUUUCAUUGGUCGCAAACCCCGAUUUUGAGACCACCCCGUUAUUCCGUAAUACGACCAGUAAAUCCAGUCCCGUUUCGUAAAUUACGUACAUUUUGAAACCCAUAAAUACGACCGCGGGCACUUUCUCACCUUGAUAUUGAUGUGCAUUGUAUAUUGCUGAAAUCCUUUUGACACGUGAUGUAAACAACGGUUGUCCUAGUUUUACGACAUUUAACGACAUCCAAUUUAUGGCAGAGGUCACGGAUCCGGAAAUAAUCAAUAAUUGCCGAUGAUUUCUUAAUUUCACACCUUUAAUGUUAUAAUUGUAGGAUUAAAAUAACAAAAUAUUGAACAGAAAACUUUCGGUUCAUUCCAUUCUCAAGAGAAAAGCAGAAUUGAUGGACGGAUAUGAACAAAACAUGGCCAGUGACAGAAAACGAAUUUGUAAACGGUCACCAGUUGAAGAAAUCAACAUGAUGAAACGCUUAAUGUAGAUUCUGUGUCUAAAAGUGUAUCUGUUCUUGAUGCUUUUCAGUGGAUAGCUAGUUCAGUUAAGGAAGUGAAAGCUGAAACAGUUACAAAGUGUUUCAAUAAAGCAGGAAUAAUUUCUCCCGUUACUGCUGAUAACUGUGAUGAAAGUGACGAUGAUGAUGACAAUACACCAAUAGCAGAAUUAGUGGAACUUAUGAGAACAGCUGAGAAGAAAAUGAACAUUGACAGUGCUAUGAAUGCUAUGGAAUAUAUAAACAUUGACUCUGAUGUGCCAGUGAAUGAUAUUGAGGAGAACUGGGAAAUGAACAUUAUGGAAUCAGUUAAAGAUAAGGAUUCAGAUGUGGUCAGUGUAUGUGAUGAUGAUAAAAAUGAUGAUGAUGAUGAUGAUGAUGAUGAUGAGAACUGUGACUGUGUUCAACCACUCCUGAUAAAUUCCCAUCAGGAUGCUCUCAAAUGGCUAGACCAGUUAAAACUGUAUUGUCUGAGUAAAGACAUGAGUGAUCUGUCCCAGGAUUUGGGGAGAAUAGAAGAUGAAAUGGAAAGACAGUCUGUUAAAAUAAGAUCUUCAAGUAAGCAGUCAACUCUUGAUGCAUUUUUUAAGUGAAAUAUAUCUGGAAAAUAUGAAAGUCUGAAAAUCAUUUAUGUUUCAUAAGAACAAAAAGGAAACUGACUUUAAUAUGUGACACUUGUUAUUUGGUCUGAGUCUUUGUCUGAGUCAUACAAAUAUUGAUAUGUAGAGACUUGUUUUAUGCAUUUACUUUCGUUACAAAAUGACUGUUACAUUAUGUGCUUAUUUUGAUAAUGUGCUUUUGUUAUGAAAUGAUUCAAUAUGAUUUGUAAUGUCAAAUAAAAGUUUCUGUUAUAAUGUUUAAUAAUGUUCAAAAAUAAAAGAAAAUAAAAGUGUAUGCAUUAUGUCUUCUCAUUUGAAAUAGGUUAACCUAGAAAUAAACAUGUACAGUACAUGUUAUCCUUUAAUGCAUUGCCUGGUUUUCAGUUUGACCAAACUCAUUAAAGAGACCAACCCGCUAUUAAGACCAGAUUUGCAAAGUCCCUUCAGUGGUCUCAUUAGCGAGUUUUUA